CAUGGUGCACAGAGAGAGAACCCUGCUAUAGCUUAUUAUGUUUUUCUUUUUCCUCUUUAGCUACUUGAAUCUUUGUAGCUGAUUAUUCUUUUUUUUUUUUCCUUUUUUCUUUUGCUAUAUUGGGUCGUUGGUUUCUUUGGUUUAUAGUUUCGUUAAGGGCCUAUAUUUUUUGGGUUCUCAAGAUUAUAUUGGCACUGAACAGAAGAAACACUGCUGACUUUGAUACUCUCCACUUUUAUUAAAUUAUUAAUUUGUUUAAUUCCCAUCACACUUUUUCCCCCUUCUCUGCUUCGUUAACUACCAUAAACACGCGCGCGCAUGCGCAAAGAGACUGAAGAUACUAAGACAGAAAGAGGGAGAGGGAGAGAGAAAUGGCCAAAGAGAUGCAACCUAGCAGCAUGUACUUGGAACAGGUAGAUGUAGAAGGAUAUGAAAAUGGUGGAGUUCGCAAGAACGUAGAUGAUGACGGUCGACCUAAAAGAACCGGGACAUGGUUAACUGCCAGUGCUCAUAUCAUCACCGCUGUGAUAGGGUCAGGAGUGUUAUCUCUGGCAUGGGCAAUAGCUCAAUUAGGCUGGGUGGCCGGGCCAGUUAUUCUCAUGGCGUUCUCUUUCAUUACAUUUUUCACUUCAACUCUUCUAGCAGAUUCCUACAGGUCGCCUGAUCCUGUCACUGGCAAGAGAAACUAUACCUACAUGGACGCUGUGAGAGCAAACUUAGGAGGGUGGAAAGUUACCUUCUGCGGGAUAUCUCAGUAUGCAAAUCUAGUAGGAAUCACCGUUGGUUACACUAUUACAGCAUCUAUUAGCAUGGUGGCUGUGAAGAGGUCAAAUUGUUUCCACAGGCAUGGGCAUGCUGCAAAGUGCCACACGUCAAACAAUCCAUACAUGAUCAUCUUUGCUUGUAUCCAAAUUAUCCUAAGUCAAAUACCGAACUUCCAUAAGCUCUCGUGGCUCUCAGUUCUUGCCGCAGUUAUGUCUUUUGCCUAUUCUUCUAUUGGCCUUGGUCUCUCCAUAGCAAAAGUAGCAGGUGGGGAGCAUGUAAGGACAAGCAUUACAGGAACCACAGUUGGGGUGGACGUGACAGCAGCACAGAAGAUAUGGAGGGCAUUCCAAUCUAUUGGGGACAUUGCUUUUGCUUAUGCUUAUUCUACAGUGCUUAUAGAGAUACAGGACACAAUCAAAUCAGGUCCUCCAGAGAACAAAGCUAUGAAAAAGGCAUCCUUUGUUGGCAUCGUAACAACAACCAUGUUCUACAUCUUAUGUGGUUGCAUUGGUUAUGCAGCAUUUGGAAAUGAUGCUCCCGGCAAUUUCCUCACUGGGUUUGGAUUCUACGAACCUUUUUGGCUCAUUGACAUUGCUAAUGUGUGCAUCGCCAUCCACCUCAUAGGAGCCUAUCAGGUCUUCUGCCAGCCAAUCUUCAGUUUUAUGGAGAAGAGUAGCCGCCAAAGGUGGCCAGAGAACAAGUUCAUAACAACUGAAUACGCCAUUAACAUCCCAUUUCUCGGAGUUUAUUAUCUCAGCACAUUCAGAUUGGUGUGGAGAACACUGUACGUCAUAGUCACAGCUAUAGUUGCCAUGAUCCUCCCAUUCUUCAACGAUUUCUUGGGUCUUAUUGGGGCAGCUGCAUUCUGGCCAUUGACAGUAUAUUUUCCCAUAGAAAUGUACAUCACACGCACAAGAAUACCAAAGUUCUCUUUCACAUGGAUAUGGCUGAAAAUAUUGACUUUGGCUUGCUUGGUAGUAUCACUUCUUGCUGCAGCAGGAUCCGUUGAAGGUCUCAUCAACUCUCUCAAGACCUACAAGCCCUUCCAAUCUGAGCAAUAAUCCAUUGCCAAUAGUAUCUUUACCCCUCAACGAGGUAAGAUUUUUCAGUAGAUAAGUAACUUUUGCUCCCUUGGUGUUCUCCGGUAUCAAAAAAUGCAUGUACCGGUACAACUCUAUCAAUUUAGAGCAGUAAAGCUGCUAUUUUCGUUUUGCCAACAAA